UCGACCCUCUUCUCAAAAUAAACAAUUGAAACCCUAUUCCCCCAAAUUUCCAAAUCCACAUUCCCUAUUUCCUUGAAACUGCUCCAUUGCUCCCCUGCUUCACCCCCUUUCGUUGUUGACAAGCAGGGGGAUGCACCAGCUUCACCAUGUUCCCAGUUCCUUCACCGCUUCACAACUUCGUCGAGUCUUGAUGGCUUCAAAGCUUCCUCAGUUCCUCAUCGCUACCCUCGGAUCCCUUCCUUCGUUUUCCAUUCGAUGUCCUCGAGCUCCAUCUUUGUUCGCCGUUCUAGCUCUGUUUCUGCUCGCCAAAAAAUUUCCAUUUGCACUGGGUUUUCUUCCUCAGGGUUACUACUUGAAUAACAUUAUGCUUCAACAAGUGACUCUUUUGAUUCAGGAAGAUUUCUGCAAAGGCAGUUGCGUGGAAAUUGGUAAUAUCACUUACAGAAGGAGAACCAUACUUCUUUACAUUUGGAAAAUCAGAGAUUCUCUUUUAUGUUCUUAAUUUUCUGAUGUUGGAAAGGCUUAUAUGAGCAAAUUGGCAUGACAGGUUAGCUAUAAGAAUCUCUUUGGUUUCUCAUGCUGCAAUUUUAAAAACAUGUAUGAAGUCACUUUGUGAAAAUUGAUAUAUCAAUAUCCUAGACUGGCUAAUUUUCAGGUUUUUGGUGCUCUUGUCGUUGAAAAGCUUCUUUCUGUUCCUACCAUGCCCAUGUACCGGUGUAUAGAACAUUUGAGCCAAAGUCUAUGAGGUCUCAUCACCAAUUUCUGUAUCUUUUCUUUUGAUUAUAUCGAUGUUGAUUCUCACCUCUUCAUCAUCCUCUCAAGCAUUCAAAAUUAAUUGUUGGAGGCAAAGAUGGCUAGGUGGUGAAGCUUUCAGAAGAAUACAGGCUUUGGGCUCAAAAAAUACUGUUUCAAGUCAAUGACACCCUCUGUGAGUCCAAUUAAAGUCUCCUGUAGAAAUGUCUUUUUACUUUUAUGAACCUUGUGCAUUUCAGUUUUUCUUUUGAUC